CCGCCCCUGGCGCGCCGGGGGGCCCUGGCCCUCUGGCUCUGGGCGGCUCGCACGUCACCCAGCCGCUCAGCGUGCCGAGCCUGGUUUCGGCUGCCUCCGCCGGACCGCUUAGUCUCAGGCCGGGUGUGGUUUCCACUGCUAGAGAAUGAAACAUGACUGAGGACUCUCAGAGAAACUUUCGUUCAGUAUAUUAUGAGAAAGUGGGGUUUCGUGGAGUUGAAGAAAAGAAAUCAUUAGAAAUUCUUCUAAAAGAUGACCGUCUGGAUAUUGAGAAACUUUGUACUUUUAGUCAGAGGUUCCCUCUCCCAUCCAUGUACCGUGCAUUGGUAUGGAAGGUGCUCCUAGGGAUCCUGCCUCUGCACCAUGAGUCCCACGUCCAGGUGAUGAUGUAUCGCAAGGAGCAGUACUCUGAUGUCCUUCAUGCCCUGAAAGUCAUUCGCUUUGUCAGUGACGCCACGCCUCAGGUCGAAGUCAAUCUCCGCAUGUAUCAGCUGGAGUCGGGAAAGUUACCUCGAAGUCCCUCCUUUCCACCGGAGCCAGAAGAUGAAGUGUUUCUUGCCAUUGCUAAAGCCAUGGAAGAGAUGGUGGAAGAUCAUGUCGAUUGUUACUGGAUCAUCCGAUGCUUUGUGAACCAAUUAAAUAACAAGUACCGGGACUUUUUACCCCAACUGCCAAAGGCUUUUGAACAAUACUUGAAUCUGGAAGAUACCAGACUCCUGAGUCAUCUGAAGACAUGUUCUGCAGUGUCCAAACUUCCUUAUGACCUCUGGUUUAGGAGGUGCUUUGCGGGGUGCUUGCCUGAGUCCAGUUUACAGAGGGUUUGGGAUAAAGUUGUAAGUGGAUCCUGUAAGAUCCUGGUUUUUGUAGCUGUGGAAAUUUUAUUAACCUUUAAAAUAAAAGUAAUGGCACUGAACAGUGCAGAGAAGAUAACAAAGUUUCUGGAAAAUAUGCCCCAGGACAGCUCGGAUGCAAUUGUCAGCAAGGCCAUCGACUUAUGGCACAAACACUGUGGGACCCCAGUACAUUCAGCCUAAGUGCUCCUGAUGGCAGUGGACAGCCUGCCAGGCCUGCUUGAGCAUUGUGUUCUUGGGACAUGAUCUACUAACUGUUUGAGAAUAGGGUUCUUGCUUUGGUGCUCAAUGUGUACAUUUUUUUCCCAGUGAAAUUAUUUAAGAUUCCUGGUGAUGUGUUGUGGAGCAGCACCUUUGGGUUACACAGAAGUACAAAGUUCAGCUCUGAAUAGCAUUUUUAAAGGGUUGUUUGAAAAUACCUCCAAGUUUUAAAGCGGUUCAGUCAGGGUGGGUGGGUGCUUUAAUGAGCAGUGUGUAACCAAGCCUGCCCGCUUCUCUCUAAUUAGCACCAAGCUCCUCACUUUCUAAGUUCUAUUUCUGGAAUAAAGAACAAUUUCCUUUUGUUGACAA